AUGAAGAUCACAUUCUCUGCAUGGCUCGCAGCAGCCUGCCUUCUUCCUUCCACUAUUGCUUUCCCUCAGCUCAGUCCUGAACAGCUGGAGGCUUAUCGCCAACACGCUGAGAGAGCACCUGAAGCUUGCCCAUUCGCUGCUGAGCAAGAGAAGCGCGACGCAGGCGAAUGUCCCUUUGCGAAAAAGGAGAAGCGAGCUGCCAAAUUCGAUGCCAAGAAGCAGCGCAUCAGCGUCAGUGGUCAACAUGCCUUCCGCGCACCUAAUUUCAAGGCUGGUGACCAGCGAGGCCCAUGUCCUGGUCUCAAUGCUCUGGCCAAUCAUGGAUACCUGCCUCACAAUGGUGUUGCAGACAUGCAGACCAUUAUUCAAGCUACCAAUGAGGUCUAUGGGAUGAGUCUUGACCUUGGGGGCUUUCUGGCUGUCUAUGGUACCGUUUUUAACGGUAAUCCUCUCUCCACUAGUCCAGGCUACUCCAUCGGCGGCCCUAGCCGCUUCAGUCAGAACAUCCUCAACGGUGGUGGCAUCCUCGGUACUCCUUCUGGUCUAAGCGGUAGUCAUAACAAGUACGAGAGCGAUGUCAGCGCUACUCGAGGUGACCUUUACGUGACCGGAAACAACUUCCACGUUAUUCUCAGCCGCUUUGAAGAAUACUGGCGCGCCAUCAAGCCCAACACGCCUGCACCCAAGCAAUACACUGCCCUAGCACCUUUUCACUACAAACGGUUCCAGGACUCGGAGAAGACCAACAGCCACUUCUUUUAUUCGCCUUUCGCUGGAGCUUUGGUCUCACCUGCUGCGUAUUCCUUCCCUCCACGAAUGAUGGCCAACCACUCGAGCGAGUAUCCCGAGGGAUAUCUCUCUCGUGAAGUCUUUACCAGCUUUUUCGGUGUCAAGGGAGACAAACCUGGCAACUUCAAGGUCAACCAGGGUUGGGAACGUAUUCCUGAGAACUGGUACCGCCGACCAGCAGGCGACGAGUUUUCCAUCCCUGAUUUCCUCAUUGAUGUUCUCGAGCAUGCAGCCAAGUACCCUCGUCUGUUGAACAUUGGAGGAAACACCGGCAAGGUCAAUAGCUUUGCUGGUGUAGACGUUGGUGAUCUCACUGGUGGUGUCUUCAACACGGCUGGGCUCCUCAAACUCGACAAUCUGGAAUGCUUUACUAUGCAGAUCAUCAUGGCUGCUGCACCCGAUUUCCUUGGAAGCCAGUUCACUGAUGUCAAGAAAGCUUUGACACCCUUGAGCGAUAAGCUUCGCCAGCUUCUCGCGGGCAAGACAUGUCCCAAGCUCCAGAAGUACAACCAUAAGCUGUUUGCCAAGUAUCCUGGCUACACUGAGCCAUAUGGCAGUUACGCUGGUGUUUCCAAGGGUACGCUCAAGGGUGUAGUGGAGACGACUAAGGGUAUUUUGGGAGGCCUUUGGCCAACUGGCAAUUAG